CGGAAAAAGGGCGAAGCAAAAGUCUCUAAGCAGAGAAUGCGAGUGAGGCGGCUGUAGCUGCGAGGGCCGUAAAUCGAGACGCUCUCCCGUCCUCUCUCUGUCGCAAAGCGGAAGUCUCUACAGAGAGCGCGUGAGUGAGGCGGGUGUCGCUUCGCGGGCUCGCUUUCCGGCCCCUUCUUUUCCGGCCAGGGCUCCAGGAGGACAGAGGUCGUCGUCUGGGCUCCUCGAGGCAGGAGCGGCUGCGGGGAGCGGAGAGGCCUCCUGGAUGGAGGGCGGCGCCGGGAACACGAAGGGCUCGGGCCUGGGGGGCCUCUUCGGCGCUGGAGGGGUCGGGGGGCCGGGGUACUCCCACGCUGACCUGGCCGGCGUCCCCUUGACUGGAAUGAACCCUUUGUCUCCUUAUUUGAAUGUGGAUCCCAGAUACCUUAUACAGGACACAGAUGAAUUCAUAUUACCCACUGGAGCUAGCAAAACUAGGGGCAGAUUUGAGUUGGCAUUCUUUACAAUUGGAGGAUGUUGCAUGACAGGAGCUGCAUUUGGUGCACUGAAUGGUCUGCGAUUAGGUUUGAAGGAGACCCAAAGCAUGGCUUGGUCCAAACCUAGAAAUGUACAGAUUUUAAAUAUGGUGACAAGACAAGGGGCAUUAUGGGCUAACACACUUGGGUCUUUAGCACUGCUAUAUAGCGCAUUUGGAGUUAUCAUAGAAAAAACACGGGGUGCGGAGGAUGAUCUCAACACAGUUGCUGCUGGAACCAUGACAGGGAUGCUAUAUAAAAGUACAGGUGGACUACGUGGCAUAGCAAGAGGUGGCAUGGCAGGACUGAUGCUCACCAGCCUUUAUGCUCUCUAUAACAACUGGGAGCAUAUGAAGGGCUCAAUACAAAGGCAGUCACUUUGAGCAAAAUUAAGAACUGAGUAUCCACUCAUGUAGUGCAAUCAGUUUUGAAUCCCUUCAAUACAGCACAGACUAGAAUGGAACUGAAUGGACGACAGAAUCUCAUUGCGAUUACAUGGUUAUCAAGGCUGCCACAUCCUCCCAAUUGACAAGAGGUGAUACGUACUAUAUUGUCUGUGAGAGAGAAGAUAUUGGUUCUACAGCAUGUUCACUUUUUGCUCAGGCCAGAAUUCUUGUACUUUAACUUCAGUCAUGUAAACAUCUGUGCUGUGCAAUCAGGUUUGUGUACCAAUGCCAUUGCUUGAUUUGAUUCUAAUAAAGUUUGUGUCCCUGUGCUAA